CUUCUCCUAAAUGUAUAAUAAUGAUAAUGUUAUUUAGAAAUAUUAAUGCGUCUGUGGUCACUUUUCCCUAUGGUGUGUUAACAACCGACUAACAGUUGUGUGGGGUUCUUUUCUUCUUUAAUUAUAAAUGUGCAUUACUACACUAUCUUGGGUUUAGUUACCUUAGCUAGCUAAAAGGCGCGUGUAAGCGGUUUAUUUUACUGUAAGUUGCCAAGCUGAAUUUUACACAAACUUUUUGGUACAGUCGCUAAUCUAAGCAUUUACCAAAUAUUGGCUAGUGAAUAUGGACGUUGUGUUCUAUCAGAGCUGUCAGUAUUUUCAAACAUAUGUUCUAAAAAGUUAAACCGAGUGUCGUCUUGUGUUGACAUCUAUCACAGAAAAUGGUACACCUUUGACUGACAGUUUUGUAGCCGAUGACAUGUUGUAAACUUUGUAAAUUCACUUUCCCCCAGAAGUGGUGAAAGCUACACGGUGCUUGAUUUACCAACGUAGUGUGUUAAGUUUGUGCAUUUAUCUGACCUUUGGCGUGGCUGUUGGUUUACUGACAUACAACAUCCACAGCAUAAUGUUUGCACAAGUGUCUUAUCUGGGAUCCUAGCAUAUCUUUAUGUCAGAAAGAAGUUUUGAUCUGUCUAGAUCAUCAGCAAAAUGCUUUAAGAGUAGCCCGUGCAUAUUCUUAGAUAUUGGAAGGAGAGGAACUGACCAUUUAACAUUAACUUAACACUAAUUGUUUUCAACUCUCUUCUAAAUAAACCAUGUAUGAUUUAUGCUUCCUGUGUUGUAGCAAUGUCAUCUAAACGGAAGACAGAUUAUGUGCAAUCUUGUGUCCAUCAUAAAUUACUGUGUUUUGAGUGUUAGUGGAGAUACUUAGGCACAUUUUCAGUGUAGUUCUCAAGAGUAACAUUUGUAUACAAUUGUGGUAUUUCAGACAAUGCAAACAAACUGCAAAUGUUUUAUUUGCAUCUCCUCUCCCCUGGUAAUCAUCCCUCCCCUUCGAGUACACAGAAACCCUCCUCACAUGACACCAUCCUGUUUUUUUUACCAUCACACAUCCUGGUACACAUCGGCACUUUUAGCAGUGGCAUCACCAUCAAACAUUUUUUUAAACAUGCCUCCUCUUAAUAAAAAGUCUGGGACACUGCUUGUGCUGCGUAAAGCUAGGGAUUUAAGUUUUACCUUGCCUAGAAUAUUAACAAUUUGUAUAGAAUUGUAAACUAACUUUCCUUCAUGUCCUUCAAACAGUUGAAAGGUUGUCUAAAGUGUAGACAUGCCUGACACCUCAUCACAGCAGCUGUAAAAUAUGUGUACAGUCACAGCGUUGUUUUGCACCUUGUGUUUGACAAGGGAGGACCUGUAGCUCUACUCCUCAUGACUCCAAGGAAAACCAACAGAGGAAUUCCCCAAAUGAUACACUAAAAAGUCAACAUAACACUCCAACGCACUCCAACUCCCCACCUUCACUUGUCGGCCUCGGUGCAGAAUGUCUAAAUGGCUGAAUGAUGGGGAGGUACUGGUGGGUCAAGGCAGUGGGGAGGCAGUAGCCGUUAGCCCCAGACCCCGAGGCCUACCACCUGGGAGCACCAGACCGGGCCGGGGUGCACGCAGUCCGCUGACUUCCCCAAGAUCCAGAGAGGCGGUGCCAUUAAGCCCGCUGGCAGAGACCAGGUGCAAGGCCAAGGAGCUGUUUGUGCUGUGUGACAAGGAGGGGAAAGGGUUCAUCACACAGCGGGAUAUGCAGAGGCUACAAGGGGAGUUGCCUCUGUCCCCCGAACAGCUGGAGACCGUUUUUGAGAGUCUGGACAGAGAGAGCAAUGGAUUCCUUACUCCUGUUGAGUUUAACACAGGAUUUGGUGAGUUUGUGGGGCUGGAUGAUACGACUGAGCUGAGUCAAGACGAAACAGAAGCAGACACAGAGCAGGUGGACUGGUCCCAGGACCCCUCUGCAGUCAGACUGGUUAACAUACUGACGGAGUUGGGCGCUGACAAAGUCUUUAAAGAUCAGCAGGAGCUCUCGUUUGUGUGGUGUGAACUUCAGAGAGAACGACCGGAGCUGCUGAGCGUCCUGGAGGGCGUCCUGAUCUACGCAGUGUCCUACCUGCAGGACUCCAUCAGAGAGAGAGACAGUCUUGAACAAGCUCUACGCAGACGGGAGAUUGAACAUGACCAGGUUGUUCAGUCCAUAUAUGAAGAAAUGGAAAACCAGAUCAAGGAGGAGAGAGAGAAACACCUGGCUCAGGACAGUAUUGGAAAGAAGCAGAGAGGGCAAGAACUUAAGGAGGAGCUGAAGAUGCGGGAGCAGGAGUUGGAGAAUACACUGACCAAACAGAAAGAGCUGGAGACCAGAAUCCGGCAGCUGAACUGUGAACAGGUAAACAUCAAGGAGCAGAACCAGCAGCUGCGGAGCCUCAACGUGCAGCUGCAGGAGCAGGUGGAGAGCAGCAAGGAGCAGCUGCAGCUGGCCCUGGGUCAGCUCAACGUGCUGCAGCUCAGCACUGCACAGGAACAAGUGGCCAAACAGAGAAACGUAUUGAAAGUGUCGAGGAACAUGCAGACAGAGAAGGAUAGUCUUUUCAAACAGCUGGAGCUGCUGAGGGACAUGAACAAAAGGCUGCGAGAUGAGAAAGACGCCCAGCAGACUCAGAAGAGGAGUCCAAAUGUCACAAAGCCUUUGCAGAAGCGAGGGUCAGUCAUAGGUAACUACUUACUGCAAGACAAGCCAUUGAAAAGACAGCUGAGCUCAUCCGAUGAGCUGGAGCAGGAAAAAGAGACGGAAGUGACAAAUUCAUCCAAGAGACACCAACCGUCAUGUAGAGUCAGGUGUGAAAAUGUUGAGCAGGUGCAAACUCAGAGCACAAUUGUCAGUCCUCAGCGAGCGUUCAAGGUGGUAUUCCUUGGUAACUCAGGGGUGGGUAAAAGCUCCCUCAUCCAGCACUACUGCACAGGACACUUCUAUAGUCAAAUGAGCGCUACUGUAGGUAUAGAUUUCCAGAUGAAGACUUUGUCUCUGGGCUCCACCACCGUCACCCUGCAGCUGUGGGACACUGCAGGACAGGAGAGGUUUAGCAGCAUCACUGAGCAGUACUACCGUAAAGCUGACGGUAUCCUUGCAAUGUAUGAUGUGUCUCAACCCGCCUCCUUCACCGCUGUGAGAGGGUGGAUGGACUCUGUGAAGGAGAAGAUGUGUGAAGGCGCUGUUCUGAUGCUGCUGGGGAACAAGCUGGACCUGGCGGACAGUCAGAGCAGAAGAGUGACGACAGCCGAGGGGCAGAGACUAGCUGAGCAGCACCAGGCUCUGUUUUACGAGUGCAGUGCUAAAAGUGGAUGUAACAUGGAGGAGCUGAUGACUCAUCUGGCUAGGACGUUGGUCUCCCAGCUUGAUCGAAAAUGUGAAGAUGCGGUUUUACUGACUCAAGAAACGACUACAAAAGGCUGCUGUUCAUAAACGGAUGACAAAAGGUGAUUUAAAAAGAUUCUGUGGUCACUUGAAUCCUUUUAAGACACAAACAGCGACAUUAUCUGUGAACAAGUUUACAUUACAGUAUCCGUAUUUAUAAUCCAUCCAAUAAAACACAUUUUUGAUAA